GCACUCCAACGGUACUUCUGAGCGUGCCCGAAUUCGAAUUGGAAUUCAGUCGAGCUUUGCGCGUCGUCGCCGCCGUUCGCGAAGUUUGUUGCUGGAUGGGCUCGUUCGCUAUCCCCCACCCCCACUUAUGUCGUGUCGUGUCGUUGUCUCUCUCUCUCUCUCGUACUCGCUCAAAGCCUGUCACCCACUUUUCUGCGCCCGCUCGCCGGCUUUGGCGCGGCCUUAAAACGUGAGUACCCCUCUCUCGCUCCGGCCUGCUCUCCGUCCUGCGUGUGUGCUUCUGUGUGUGUGGGGGAGAGUUUGGCGAUAAUCUCCAAUUUCCCGAUAAGAUAUCCCACUGUGUCGUCGCACUCUGCCCGCUCCCCUCUCAGCUCGAGCCUGUCCGGCCCCAAAGAGCCGCUUCGGCUGCCGAGGAGAGCGUCUAGAAGGAUCGCACCUGCAGCGCAAUCGAUGCCACGAUGGCCACUUUCUCAAGGAGUUCGUCCACGCACUACGCGUGCACCGUAAGAAAAAGUGAGAAUUCUAGCCGCAUACCUUCCGAAGUUUACGAGUAGCAUCAAGGCUACCUCGUUCAAGGGAAGCCAUCAACUACGUUGGAGCACAUGCACAGAAGCAAUCGAUCAUUGGGAGCGUUGUCUAUACCAUAAGCAUGUUUCAGACCUGCCGCCUUUAUUUCCUCAGUGCACCGCGCUCUCUUCAUCUCUCUUUUCGGCUUAUCACUCCCACUGUGUGGGUGGCGUGGAGUCGAGUCGAGUGGAGUGGAUUGGAGUGGAGCUGUUGCGUUUGUUGUUGCUUUCAUUAUGUUAUUAAUUAGGCGAGUGGCGGCUGUGGUGGCGUAGGUGGGAUCGGAUCGAUUGCUAGGGGUGUGUGUUCAAUCAGGAGGUGGGGCGAUGGUCGCUGGUCAGUGUGUCGCUGGUCACUGUGUGGAGCACAGAUGGUGGCCACUUCGGCCCUCUUCGCUGCCGAUAGAAGGGAUAGAAGGCCCAUGCAAAGCUCCAGAGAAUAACACAGUGUGCAUUACUUUCUCCCCCAGCUUCACGACGUCUUGCAAACGGUUGAAAAUGGAGAAGACUCCCCGGUACACGCAGCGGGAGCGGAACAUGGUGUUGAGCUACGCGGCGCAGUACAAGGAUGUGAUCGAGAACAAGCGCACGGACGCGGAGUCCAACCGCAAGAAGGACGAGGUGUGGCUGCAGAUCGCCAAGGAGUUCAACUCGCGGGUCUACCACCAGCGCAGCGCCAAGCAGCUGCGCCAGCUUUACAAGAACAUGAAGCUGCUGCUCAAAAAGGACCUAUGCGGCGAGGACAAGAGCAACCAUUCGUUCAUGGACCUGCUCAACACGCUGUCGCACCAGGAGUCCGUGGCCCAGUACAUUGCCGAGCAGCUGUCGCCGGAGGGCGCGGGCGGUGGCGGCGGCGGCGGUAAGCAAGGCGGCGCGGGCAACGGAGGCGGAAACGGACACCAAUCGGACGACUACGACGACUCCAAGAUGCCCCACUACCACGAGGGCAUGGACACGGACGUGAUCCUUAUCAAGUCGGAGACAAUUAGCGACAACGAGCAGACGGACAAUGGCAUGGACUGCCUGGACGAGGACGAUGACGACGACUGCUUGAGCCACAAGGCGCCGGAGGUGUGCCUCGAGGAGGAGGACGACGUGCUCUUUCCAACGGACGUGCGCCAGCUGCAGCAGGUGGGAUCGUCCGGAGCCGCCGGCGGUGGUGUCUCCGGAGGCUCCCUUCCCGGAAACAUGUCUAGCAACGGGAUUACCGAAACCAGUCGCCGCGCCGCAAGCUCGCCCGUGUGCUCCACGAAGACCUCGAUUAGUUCCAGCGGGAGCUACGCAUCAGCGCCCAAACCGGACAUCACUAUCCAGACCGUGGGCCACAUACGCGUGGGCAGCUUUGCCAACAUCAACAAGACGCUGCAGAACGGCGGCUCCGGCACAGGAGCUGUCCUAUCAGCGGCCAGCAAUGGCGGCUCCAGUGCCAGUGGAGUGCUGCCGCUCACAGCGGAGCAAGUGCAGCAGCACACGCUGCUGAACGGCCUAGGAUUGUCCGCCGUGAAUCCGGCUCAGUCUCUGCAGGCGGCCAUCAAUGCCGCCUAUGGGUCCGCCGCUCCAUCUUCAUCGGUCGCCAUUAGCAGCCGCCGCACCCCUCCCACUCUGCAGUUGCCACGCCUUCAGCGCGGAAACAUCAACAAUAGCCACCACACUGCCGGCAGCACAAGCAAUUCCGCGGUGGCCUCCAAUGGAGUGCAACUGUUGCUCAACGGCGGCCACCACGCACAGAUGACGCACAACCAUUUGGCGCGGGACAAGACAGGAGGCGUGGCCAUCGGGGCGGCGGGCAGUUUCAACGGGUACAACGGACUGGCAGUGGCGGGCACAGUGUGCAGCGCCUUGAACAGCAGCGGAUCCGGAGCCGGAAGCGGCGGGAGCAGUGCCAACAACAGCGGCGUGGGCCUGGGGAUCGGCGGGGCACACACGUCGGGCAGCGGAGGAAGUGGCAGCGGUGGGACGAGGAGCCAGCACCAGGAGCUGAUGAAUUCGCUGAGGAUCGAGGAGAGCAAGCGGAAAAUCGACCUGAUCAACGCCCAAAUCGAAUACUGGCAGACGCUCACCCGCAAGCUGAACAGUCAGGCGAAUCACAUGCCCAAUCCUGCGUGCCCGUGCCACUUCCCUGGAGCCAGUGUGCUCUCGCCCGUCGCCGUGACCGCCGCUAGUGCCUCAUCGUCCGCUUCCGCCAAUGUGUUGCAGACGCAGGCCAGCACCAGCUAGUCCGCAGCCAAGGGGCGGUUCGAACUAGUCGGGGGUCCUGCGGGCGAAAGCGAAAGCGACAGCGACAUCAUCUCGAUAGUGGACAUAGAUGAUGGGCGGUCUAGGGAGGACGAGCAGUCGGAGGACGAUGGCGAGAACCGUGACCAGGCCAUAACGGACCUGACGCUACCCGACGAAGACGAGGAAGACGAUGUAGACGAAGAUGACUCACAGGAUGCCUUGGUCAGGGAUGUUGGCGUGGUGGGCGGCCUGUCGUCGCCAGAUACACCGCCCCACUCCUCUCCGCCGCCAGCGAAGCGCUCGAAGCGCCAGGAAGUCACCUCCGAGCUCCUGAGGCAGCUGGCCCUGCAGCAGAAUCAGGAUCCCCAGGAGGGGUGCUAGUAUUUUGUCUAGUUUGCUAAUUUUAUACUUGCUACCAUGGAUUGACGCAACCACUUUGUAACAUUAAUUUUACCAUAUAUAUUUAUUUACGCCCAGUUUGAGUGCCAAAACAGAAACCAAGAUUGGGGCCUUGCCAUCGAAAAUGCUUGCCAAAGGACCUGCUGAAAUAACCGGUCAUAACCACUCGCGACCCACUAUUUAUUUGCCAGCCUAACUGAAACAUAGCGAUUCAUCUCAUUUUAAAAUGUCUUGCGUCGCCUAUUUUUUUAUUGCCUUUUUUUUUCUAUACAUGUAACGUGUUUAUUUUUAAGUUUUCCUACGAGCUGCUACCAAAAAGAAUAAGAAGAAGAAGGUGACUAUCUUGAAUGUACAUUUACUUUACAAAACUAGACCUUACUUACUUACUUAAUUAGAGAUCGAGCAGCUAAGAACGCAUGAAAAUGAAAUGUACAAAUGUGGUUCCUAAUCUAGUCCCUAAAGUCAAAAGUGAAGAACGAAAGAGCUACAGAAAAGAAAUCGAAAUUGUUACGCCUAGCCGAGAACUUGUGUAUUAUUUUUUUAUAUCGCUUAGAUUGUUCCCCCGAGGAAAGCAUUGAAGGAACUGUAGCUAAUUUAUGUACUUAAUGAACCAGUGAAACCAAACCAAUGAUUUGAAAUGGUGUAAAGAGAAGAAACUUGCUAGUCGCCGCUGCAUAACUGUGUAAAUGUGGCACACAAACCAUUUAGUUAGUGUUAGUGCUACUGUACGUGUAAAAUACAAUUAAUUGCCUAUCCAGACCCAGUAACCACAAUUUACAAGGAAGCACACACCAAACGAAACUGAAAACCAAGAAAACAAAACUAUUUAUACAAUUUUGUAAACAAGAACUUAUUAAUAAAACAAUGAAUUUACUUUGU